GACAAACUUGACAUCAAAUUUUGUGUUCUAAAGAUGAAUGGGUGUCAAACACAUGUUGAUGACACUGAAAAUCUAAAGACACAUCGAAGCAUAUUGGUUGGAAAUAUACGUGUGCUUUUUAACCCAAGUCGUGGGGAUAUUAAGCUCGGUCAGGUACGAUUAUUUCUUGCAAAGGCUCAUAGACUUUUGGAGACAUGGGGCAAUAUACCAAUUAUACUUGGUGGAGAUUUUAAUAGUAUGCCUCAGAGUGCAAUGUAUCAGUUCAUAGCUUCAUCAGAGUUAAACAUCCAACACCAUGAACGCAAAAAAAUAUGUGGGCAGAAUUGUCCAUUACAUUACCCAACAUUUCAGUGUCAUAGUAAUUAUUAUUCUUCUAGGUGGAAUAAAGAAGAAAUAAGGUUAGCAACAGGAACAAAACACUCAACUUACCUUAAACACAAACUAAAACUCACAAGUGCAUAUCAUGGAGUUCCUGCGACACGUUUGACAAGAGAUGAAUAUGGAGAACCCUUAGCAACAUCUUUUCACUCCAGAUUUAUGGGGACAGUUGAUUACAUAUGUAUGUCUAAAAAUGCAAAAAAAAAGUUUGUCAAUGACACUAUCAUUGACUUUUAUGUCAAAUACUUGAAGAACAAAAUCAGGCCUGAAGAGAGACAGAGCUAUCAUUGGAGUCUUAUUGUGAUGUGUCAUCUUGGGGAAGUUGCGAAAUACAAGGAUGAAGAAGAUGUAACUGAGUUGAUUAAAGUGCCAUGUGUUCUACAUAUGGAUCCUAUCAGAGGUAGUCAUACUGGUUUGAAAGGUCUUAUGCAAAGCUAUCUGAAAGAAGAGUGGAAAGGGAGGCAGCAGGAGGCAUCUAAAGAUAUAUCAUCAAGAUUCGAUAAUCUACGCUUUAUUUCACUUGAGUUACCACAGCAGCCGAAUUCAUUCGACUGUGGUUUAUUCUUGCUCCAUUAUGUAGAACUUUUCUUGGAGCAAGCCCCGAUUAAUUUUAAUCCAUUUAAAAUCACAAAAAGUGUCCACUUUCUAAAUACGGAUUGGUCUCCACCUGCUGAUGCAUCCUUGAAAAGGGUGGUUAUUCAGAGACUGGUGUAUGAUCUCCUACAACAACCUUAUGAUGAAGCUGAAGCCUUUUACAAAGUAUUUUCCCAACCUUUUGAAGAAGUUAUAUAUCCAAAAGAGGAUGUUGAUGUUGUUUCCAUUAGUAAGAGAGACGUUGAUUUGCUGCUACCAGACACAUUUGUCAAUGACACCAUCAUUGACUUUUAUGUCAAAUACUUGAAGAACAAAAUCAGCAAAAUGAAGCCACUUGAUUUAAAUCUUGCAGCAUUAUCAGCAAAAUGCAAUAAAGACUUGGAGUUGAAUUUGGCUAAGUCAUUAUUGAGUGAGAUGGGCCAAUGUACAACUGCUUAUCCAUAUAAUCAAUUGUUUGGAGCAUUAGUCUUAAAGAAUUAUGAAAGGAAAGAUGCAACGUCACAAGCUAGCAAACAAAGUCAUGUCAUUCAAGAGGAAGUGGCGAAUCAUGAACUUGAAACUCAAGAAGAAGUGAUCAGUAGUGCAGUCGAAAUUGAAGAACCAUUAGGAGCUUACCAUGUACAAGAACCAAGCUGCCAGGUUGAUGAUGGAGCUAAUACUGAAACAGUUGAUGACUAUGAACCAUUUAUAGAGGAUUACUCGCUUUAUGUUGAUUAUGAUGCUGAGUUUAAUGUUCAAACUUCAUUUGAACAACAACCAGAAGUGGAUUAUCUAGAGGGUAUGGUGAGUGAUGAUAGUGGAGAGGCUUUCUAUCCUAAGAGUCGCCAUGGUUCUAAGGAUAGUGGAGAUGAUUCUGAUAACAGUGAAUGUAAUGUCGAUGAGUCUAACAUACAAUUUGAUGUAGAUGUAGACAUGAGUGAAUUCCAUAAUACUGUUGAUGUAGAUGAACAUGGAAUCUUGAAUAAUCAUUAA